UAGUGUCACCUGUUCUAGGAGCUCACAAAACAAACUCACUUCUGAUUCGAUCGUCGUACAGUGAACAGCUCCAAAAAGUGCUCUCAAAAAAUUUAGGAAGAAAGUUUGUAGGAAAAAAAAUAUAUAGAUAAAAAUAAAAUAGUUAAAUGUUUCGAGUAAAAAAAUAUAUAGGAAAAAAAAUUAUAGGAAAAUAAUUUGAGUAAACUAUUUCGAGUAAAAUAUUUAGAUUAAAAUAAAUAUAAUAAAAUAUUUUUCAAAAUGCUGCUGGACAAGCUUUUGUGGUUAACUGCAAUCGUUGCCAUUCUCUAUGGCGCCGGGACUCGGGCUUUCCCAGCUCUGGAGCGCGACUCCCGUUUUGACUUUUCACUGAUGAUGUCCCAGGAGCGGAUUGAGAAUAUUGAUGAGGGAUUCUGUGUACAGCCUAAGCCGAACACUGUUAAACCAAUGGAGAAUGACGAUACAAUGGACUGUGGCUCUGGAAAAUCAUCUUUGACCAUGUCGCAUAUCAACAGACUGAUGGCCUUCGAGGAGAUGCUCUUGAGCAAGGAUUUGAACUCUCUACUGGAACUGAAGCGCGAGAUCGAGAGUCGUAUUCCGCAAUUGGAAACUCACAAGACUCAAGAGAAGUAGAGACUUCCAGGAAGUUUAGACUCGUAACUGAUUCCAUCUUAUGGAUCGUAUAAAAAUAUUUGUUAUAUCCCUUGAAUAUUAUUUCAUUAAAUGUAUUAUAUUUUGAUUAUCAAA